AUGCCGCCCAACGGCACUACCGCAACCCACGAUUCCGCCCCGACCGCCGUGAACCGCAAGAAGCAGAAGCGACGGGAGAAGGAAGCCGCAAAGAGGGCUGCCCAGGACCCGCCUGCGCCUGCCUCUGCGCCCGCGCCUGCGAGAAAUGGUGCCACCCCCGCCCUGGCUCCCGGCGGCCAACAAUAUGCGGAGCCUGAGCUGGAGGAGCCCCCAUACGAAGAAGGCGACUACUACUCGGACGAGGAGUACGAGCACACAUAUGGCGCGAAUGGCGACUACCAACAGGGCUACGGUCAUGCUCCCGUCCGGGGCGGCUCCAGCAAGAAGCCGCGAAGGAAGAAGAAGGCGCCCUCGGGACCUCCUCCGCUUUCCUACUCGCAGCACAGUGCACCGCGCCACAGCCCCGCGCCCAACCAUGCCGUGUCGUCUGGAAUCUCGACGACGCGAUCUGGCCCCAAAAAGGACCGCAUAUGGAACACGUCAUCGGUCGAGGAGCGGGAGCGCAUACGCGACUUUUGGCUGUCCCUGGGCGAAGACGAGCGCAAGUCGCUGGUCAAGAUUGAGAAGGAGGCGGUCUUGCGCAAGAUGAAGGAGCAGCAGAAGCACUCGUGCAGCUGUACCGUCUGCGGGCGCAAGCGCACCGCCAUUGAGGAGGAGCUGGAGGUCUUGUACGACGCAUAUUAUGAAGAACUCGAGCAGUACGCGCACCACCAGCAAGACAUCGGUAGUUUCAUUCCCGAGGCUAAUUAUGGUUAUGCAUCCAGUGCUCCUCACCCGCGGCCCCUGCUAAACGCCCCACCUCCACCCGGCCCCUACGACGACGACGACGAUGAAGAAGAGUACGACUCGGGUGAAGAAGAAGAGGGAGAGUCCGAGUACGACAGCGACAUCUCGUCCGAAGGCGAAUACAGCUCAGGGGAACCGAGUCUACCGCCGCCCGAGCCCACAGACUUUCUUCGCUUUGGCAGCAGUUUACAAGUCAAAGGUGGCAUUCUUACCGUUGCUGACGAUUUGCUCAAGAACGAUGGGAAGAAGUUCAUCGAGAUGAUGGAGCAGCUUGCCGAGCGUAGAAUGCAGCGUGAAGAAGAGGCCCAGUUCCACCAGGCCCAUCCAAACAUGCAGCAUCGUUCGUACAGCGGCCACAGUCACAACGCUCCGCCGCCAGAGGAAGACGACUACGACGACGAGGGCGAAGACGACGAGGAAUACGACGAUGAGGACUACGAGGAGGAUGAAGAGGACGAGGAAGGCACUAUGACUGAGGAGCAGCGCAUGGAGGAGGGCAGGCGAAUGUUUCAGAUAUUUGCAGCGCGAAUGUUUGAACAGCGAGUACUCCAGGCAUACCGUGAGAAGGUAGCUGCAGAACGACAACAACGGCUUCUGGAGGAGUUGGCGGAAGAAGAUAAUCGUAAAGAUGCAAAAGAGGCAAAGAAAGCCAAGGAGGCCCAGAAGCGGAAGGAAAAGAAGGAUAAGCAAAAGCAGUUGAAGGCAGAAGAAAAGGCACGCAAAGACGCGGAACUAGCCGCCAAAGAAGCGGAAGCCAAGGCUGCCGAGGAGAAGCGACUGGAAGAACAGCGCAAAAAGCGAGAAGAGCAACGAAAAAAGAAGGAAGCCGAACGCAAAGCUCAAGAGGAGGAGAGGCAGCGGAAAGAAGCAGAACGCCUCAAGCGGCAGCAAGAAGAGCGGGAACGCCAACAGGAAGCCGAGAGAAAAGCACGCGAACAAAAGGCUCUGGAGAAAAAGGCCAAAGAGGAGGCGAAGCGGAAGGAACGGGAGGAGCGGGAGGCAAAAGAGAAAGAGGCCCGUGAGAAGAAGGCUCAGGAGGAGAAGGAGCGCAAGGAACGCGAAGCAAAGUCCAAGUCCGAAAAGGACCGUACACGCAAGGAGGACCAAGCUGCCCCUGCUCCUGCGAAGAAGACAUCGCAGCCAGUAGCUGUUGCGCUGCCUCCUCAGCUGCUCAAGCAGAAUUCGUCAACAGGAAUGCCUUCGCCGCACGUCACGCCAGCUGUACCCAAAGCCCCAACACCAAAUCGACAGCGCCAGACUUCGCAGCAGAACUCCCACGGCUCCUCUCCGAAGACGCCACAUGCUACAUUAGGAACGAGCAAGUCGACAUCCCCCACCUCACAAGCUUACAAUCAGACACUGCCAAGGUCUAUCCUGACCAAGCCGAACUUGCCACAGAUGCCCACUAUACAUGGCCAGCCAACAUCUCCCAUGCCUCACUUGGGACCACCGCCGGGUAUGCAAGGGCCGCCAGGACUUAACAUGGGGAACAUGCCCCCAGGCCUGAAUGGGUUCGCGAACCAAGGUUCAAUGAUGCCUGGAUUGAUGGGACCACGCUCCAAUAUGCCGCCGUUCUUCCCGCCAGUCGCUCCUCAAAGCUUCCGUGGGUUCCCGCCGCCAGGGAUGCACACACCAGGUGCACUGCCACUCAACCGUGGGUUCCCGAUGGACGGACCGCCAGGCUUCCCUGCACCUCCAGGAUUCUCGACGCCUAUGCCAUCGCCCUUCCCAUUGGGCAUGCCGACGCACUCAAGACAGGGUUCUGGGUCUUUCGAACGAGUCUCCAGCAUUGAAAGCCCGCUCGCCGCUCCUCAAUCACAGCCUAUCCAGCGCCCGGCCCCGAUUCAGCGACCCUCAAGUAUCAAGCCAAGCGACGAGAAUGUUGACGAACUCGCAAGCCAUCUUGGUAGCAAAGCCUUGCUAGACGAUGAUGAGGACGACAUUCCAGAAUUGCCUGAACGCCGCCAGAGUGUGCAACAACAUGGUUCUGUCAGAGCUCCCUCAUUCGGAUUUGCAGAUAUACCAGGCUCGCAAUACGGCUCAUUCGGAGGUCCAGGCGGUGGUAGCAUCUGGGGCACACCGCCAUUGCAAGGCUUCAGCUCGGGUGGUAACUGGGGCAACUCGCCGACUUCAAACAUGUUUGGCAGUCCUCCAUUCCCGAUGGGUAACCCUCGUGUGCAUGAGCGUAGUGGCACCGAACAGCGCAUAGUGUGGCUCCGUCGUACCAUUUGCGCAGUCUGCAAAUCGCUAGCUCUCAGCUCAGACCCGGAAGGCUAUAUAGAUGCUUCCGAGGUGCAUCGCCAAGUCGAUGCAUCCAGGAAUGCCAUGGAGCCUGUUGUGUCCAUGGAUGAGAUCAGGGAGGCUUGCGACAUCCUGGAUGUGGCACAGACCAACGGCGGUGGUACUCUGGAAUACAGAGAGCACAACGGCCGUCUCACCCACAUCAAGUUCAGUGAUGCUGCUCCAGCGCCUCCGUCUCUUGGUGAGAUUGGAAGUCCCGUUCCCAGUCAAAGCGUUCUGGCUGGUGGUGGGUUUGGGAGGUUUCCCGGUCUUGGUCCACAAGGCUUUUGAGGAUUCAUCAGAAUUCUUGCCGUGCCCUUUUGGCAGUAGCUUUAUCAGCAAACUGAUAAACUAUAUUGAGUCUUGCUGGAACUUUUCUUCGACUCUCAGAUAGUCUAGGCAUGCCUUACCUGUAAACGGAGGCAAUCUAGUUCAGUUCUUUCGUGCCAA